CAUUUAGUUAAAAGUUUUAUUUGUCUGUUAUCGAUUUGGUGUUCAAUAUGCUGCUGAUCCUUGGCUGCAUGGCGCUGGCUGGAAUACGCUGUCGCAGCUGAACAAAUAACUGGUUGGACACGGUGGCGCCGCAACUGAAGAUCCACUGUAACCACCACCGGAUGAUGAUCCUCCGUAACUGGACGCCUGAGGUGAGCCCAACAGUGCAUUAAGCAUACGAGCGUAUCCCGAGGAUUGGGGCGCUGAAUAGCUUGUAACGGACGGGGCUGAAUAUCCAGAAGACUUAGGCGCUGAAUAGCUUGGCGCAGCUGGUGCUGAAUAGCUUGCAGCAGCAGGCGCAGAGUAAGAUGGUGCCUUAGGUGCUGAAUAGCUUGGAGCAGCAGGUGCUGAAUAGCUUGGAGCAGCUGGAGCCGAGUAAGAUGAUGCCUUGGGUGCUGAAUAACUUGAAGCAGCUGGAGCUGAAUAGUUUGGAGCUGCAGGUGCUGAAUAGCUUGGGGCUGCUGGUGCUGAAUAACUUGGAGCAGCUGGAGCCGAGUAAGAUGAUGCCUUGGGUGCUGAAUAACUUGGAGCAGCUGGAGCGGAAUAGCUUGGAGCAGCAGGUGCUGAAUAACUUGGAGCCGCUGGAGCUGAAUAGCUUGGAGCUGCAGGUGCUGAAUAGCUUGGGGCUGCUGGUGCUGAAUAACUUGGAGCAGCUGGAGCCGAGUAAGAUGAUGCCUUGGGUGCUGAAUAACUUGAAGCAGCUGGAGCUGAAUAGCUUGGAGCUGCUGGCGCUGAAUAGCUUGGAGCAGCAGGAGCUGAAUAGCUUGGAGCAGCUGGAGCGGAAUAGCUUGGUGCAGCUGGAGCUGAAUAACUUGGAGCAGCAGGUGCUGAAUAACUUGGAGCUGCUGGUGCUGAAUAACUUGGAGCCGCUGGAGCUGAAUAGCUUGGAGCUGCAGGUGCUGAAUAGCUUGGAGCAGCUGGAGCUGAAUAGCUUGGAGCUGCUGGUGCUGAAUAGCUUGGAGCAGCAGGUGCUGAAUAGCUUGGAGCAGCUGGAGCGGAAUAGCUUGGAGCUGCAGGUGCUGAAUAACUUGGAGCAACUGGAGCCGAGUAAGAUGUUGCCUUGGGCGCUGAAUAGCUUGGAGCUGCAGGCGCUGAAUAGCUUGGAGCAGCUGGAGCUGAAUAGCUUGGAGCGGCAGGUGCUGAAUAGCUUGGAGCUGCAGGCGCUGAAUAGCUUGGAGCAGCUGGAGCUGAAUAGCUUGGAGCUGCAGGUGCUGAAUAACUUGGAGCAACUGGAGCCGAGUAAGAUGUUGCCUUGGGCGCUGAAUAGCUUGGAGCUGCAGGUGGUGAAUAGCUUGGUGCAGCUGAAGCUGAAUAGCUUGAAGCUGCAGGUGCUGAAUAGCUUGAAGCGGCUGGAGCAGAGUAAGAUGUUGCCUUGGGCGCUGAAUAGCUUGAUGAUGCAGGUGCAGAGUAGCUAGAUGAAGCUGGAGCUGAAUAACUUGGCGCUGCUGCUGGAGGUGAGUAGCUGGACUGAGAGUUGUAGAUGACUGGAGGUCCAUAGGCCUGCGAGGGAAUAGCCUGGGACGAGCGUGAGAUGCGAUCCUCGACGUUGCUCUCCGGGAUAUUAAGAUCCUCGAGUACCUCGUUGCUCUCGACGAAGUACUCGGAGGAGGAAGCAAAUGCCACGAGGCAGCUGAUGGCCGCAAAAGUUAAAAGACGCGUUCCGUGCAUGCUCAGUUAUCGGUGGGUUGGUCGAAACUAUGCAAGAGCAUGCGGUU